GAAACCGGCGGCAUAGAGAGUAGGUGUCAGGUAAGCGUAACGAUAUUGCUGGCUGUGCGUCCUCUGGCGCCGGGACGAUUCCCCAUGAUCAACUAUCUGCGCGCAGCGGCGAAGCUCGCUGAGGAUUCGGAAUUUCAAGUGGUGGUGAGUUGGGAGAGAGUUAAGAAAGGACCCGACGGCGGCUUCCGGCUGUUGACGGCGGGGAUAGAAAGAUCGGCCAAGGAGGAAUCGGGGAAUUGGUACUUGGACGAUACGUCGUCCGAAAGAGCGGCCAACUGGAGUUGUGUGAGCUUGGUCCGCGGCGAUUUUCAUACCACUCUACUUGUUAGGAUACAAAACCACAUAGUUGACUUUCGA